UUCUGGGUGCUGCUUUCCCCCUCCCCCGCCCCCGACCUGGGCCCUGUGGCCUGCAGGUGUUUGGGAGGCAGUUGCUGGGGCAACGGAAACAGGGCGUUUCAGAGGUGGUUGCCAUGGGAACCUGGAUGCUGACGAAGGCUUGUGAGGCUUAGAGGAGACAAAUUGCCCUCAUCAUUAUCUCCAAGCUUGCCAAUCAAACCCAUUCCCUCAUUUCCCUCUGCUCGGGGAAGCGAGCAGCUGGGAGCCCCCAGAGGAGCCCGGGAGAGGAGUGGCAUCAGUGAGCUGUGAGCUGUCGCCUGCCUUCCAGCCCAGCUCUGCUCUCCAGCUCCACAGCUCUCUUACCUGGCUUUGCUUCCUUGCCUUGCUGUGCAGCAUGGCCACAAUUACCUGCACCCGCUUCACUGAAGAAUAUCAGCUCUUUGAGGAACUGGGCAAGGGUGCCUUUUCCAUUGUUAGAAGGUGUGUGAAAGUGUUAGCCGGUCAAGAGUAUGCAGCCAAGAUUAUCAACACGAAGAAGCUCUCAGCCCGAGAUCAUCAGAAGCUGGAGCGAGAGGCCCGCAUCUGCCGCCUGCUGAAGCAUCCAAACAUUGUCCGACUCCAUGAUAGCAUAUCAGAAGAAGGGCAUCACUACCUGAUAUUUGACCUCGUCACAGGUGGGGAGCUGUUUGAAGACAUUGUGGCCCGGGAAUACUACAGUGAGGCUGAUGCCAGUCACUGCAUCCAGCAAAUCCUAGAGGCUGUACUGCACUGUCACCAGAUGGGUGUAGUGCACCGAGACCUGAAGCCUGAGAACCUGCUCCUGGCAUCAAAGCUGAAGGGGGCUGCGGUGAAGUUGGCUGACUUUGGCCUGGCCAUUGAGGUGGAAGGGGAGCAGCAGGCGUGGUUCGGUUUUGCAGGGACACCAGGAUACCUCUCUCCAGAAGUUCUCCGAAAGGACCCAUAUGAGCCUGUGGAUCUUUGGGCAUGUGGUGUCAUCCUAUACAUCUUGUUGGUGGGAUAUCCUCCUUUCUGGGAUGAGGACCAGCACCGACUAUAUCAGCAGAUCAAAGCUGGAGCCUAUGAUUUCCCAUCCCCGGAAUGGGACACCGUUACUCCAGAAGCCAAGGACCUGAUUAAUAAAAUGCUCACCAUCAACCCCUCCAAGCGCAUCACAGCAGCCGAAGCCCUCAAGCACCCCUGGAUCUCUCACCGAUCCACAGUGGCUUCCUGCAUGCACAGACAGGAGACCGUGGACUGCUUGAAGAAAUUCAAUGCAAGGAGGAAACUGAAGGGAGCUAUCCUUACCACCAUGCUGGCCACCAGGAACUUCUCUGGAGGGAAGAGCGGGGGCAAUAAGAAGAAUGAUGGUGUGAAGAAAAGAAAGUCCAGUUCCAGUGUUCAGUUAAUGGAAUCCUCUGAGAGUACCAACACCACCAUUGAAGAUGAAGACACCAAAGUGAGAAAGCAAGAGAUCAUUAAGGUGACUGAGCAGCUGAUCGAAGCAAUAAGCAAUGGGGAUUUUGAGUCCUACACGAAGAUGUGUGACCCUGGAAUGACAGCCUUUGAACCGGAGGCUCUGGGAAACCUGGUUGAAGGCCUGGACUUCCAUCGAUUCUACUUUGAAAACCUGUGGUCCAGGAACAGCAAGCCUGUCCAUACCACCAUCCUGAACCCCCACAUCCACCUGAUGGGUGAUGAGUCAGCCUGCAUUGCCUACAUCCGCAUCACACAAUAUGUGGAUGCCGGUGGUAUCCCUCGCACUGCCCAGUCUGAGGAGACUCGCAUCUGGCACCGCCGGGAUGGCAAAUGGCAGAUCGUCCACUUCCACAGAUCUGGAGCACCUUCAGUCCUACCACAUUGAAGUUCUGAUUGGGUUGUGCACUCCCUGGGGGUACCACGGAGAUCCACCCUUCUUCAUCUGUGGCAUGUGGCUGCUGGUUCUACCAUGUGCUGGAAUUCCCACCACCACCAUCAUCAUCACCACCACCAAGCUCCUCACAGAAGCCAAGAAAACCUACCAACCAAUUCAAGCCAUCAUGCACCAGAGAGCAAGCGGCCACAGUUUUUUAUUUACUUUUCUUUUUCUUUUUUCCUCUCUCCCUGUUUUGCUUUUCAUUUAAUUUUUUUAAAUUAUGUGCUUGAACAAGGCCCAGGGGCCCAGACUGUCAUUGCUCUGCCUGGGUCAGCUGCUCCCAAGUCUUGAGAUAAUGUGGAAGGAAGGGACCCCUUCUCUUACCCUCCCACCCUGUGCCCCAGGCUUGGGAGCUAACAAUUUCCCCAGUGCUCAAUCUUCUCUGUCAGUUGUGUUGCCUACUGAACCCAAUCCCCCAUUGCCACAGCCUUGUAGAGAUGGGUAGAUGGGGAAUUCAGCCUGUUUCAUGGUGAUGCCAGGCCUUGGUAGCUAGCUAGCUAGCAUGGUGAGCAGGUCCCUGUUUGCCAGCCCUUCUGAUGUCUCAGGCCUGCCUUCUCUGUUCCUGCCUCUCUUUUGAGGCACUUUUGGGAGAAGGGCAGCUGACUCAAUCAAUGGAGAAGGUCAAUUAUGGCAAAGAAGGGAAACCAGGGAAUCUGGCUACAUGCAUGAUCUAGCCUGAUUCUUUGCAUUGGGCUUUCAAAUACAGGAACUGCCUUUAUCCCUCCCUUCUGUGUUCUUUCCUUUCCCUUGGUGAAUUACUUUUCCCUCUCUCCUACUGUUCUCUCAUUCUCUCUCCCCCCUUUUUUUUUCUUCUGUGAAAAUUGAAACUUAUUUUAUUUAUUCGUUUAUUUUAUUUUGGGAAAAACAAGCAGUGUUAAGAACACUGGUGCUAGAUCAGGGUACUUGUCUUUUUUUUUUUUUUUGAUUUGGUGGGGCCGUUUGCUUCAAAUAUGGAUUUCAUUGAACCCAUUCUUCCAGCAUAGAUUGAGAGUUUCUGCUUUAGUAACACUUGAGAGAGGAAAGCUGAUCAUCUUUUGGGGGGG